CUCAAACAUGAUCCGCUACACACAUAGCGUAGCCGACUCUCUUGACGAUGAUCGCCUUGUCAGUUUUUCAGCUCAUGGAGCUUAAUUUUCCCCAGCACCGCUCUUUUCUCUCUUCACUAUCUCCGCCGCACUCGACGAUGCCAAUUCUGAAGUACACAGUGAUGCAAAUGUGCCCACCCCUUGGCGACAUUUUGGGAUGAGUGUUCUACGGUUUUGUGUACACUGUACAGGACAGGGUCGGGGACGAUAAUAGGCUAGUAUGUGUGGGAAGCUGGAUGAUCGGGCACUAUCGAUUUUUCCUGUUUGCUUAAUGUAUGGGCGAGUAGCGCGGUCGGUCAGUGGAGUUAAUGCACUGAAUAUUAGGCUUUAAUCCCAUUUUCGAUCCCUGGAAUGAUUGCCGGGGCCGAAAGUGGAAUGGACAAACACUGAUGUGCACACUGCACACACACACGUUGACGCUUGAUGGUUGUGUUUGUCUGGGAUAUUCAUACGACUGGCUAGUGUUACUGCACUUUGGAUGGUUGUUGUGACGCGGGGAAUACUUACUUUUCCAUAGUUUACCUACUUUAUUACCUUCUGCCGAAUCGAUAAGCUUCGGAACCCGGGUCUGACUCAUUCAAAGCACAAUAUUGUUCCCGAAAUGCCGAAUAUAUUUGUAAUGUGAUAUUUGCCAGUUGAUCGAUACGGUUUCGUGCGCGUGCCGGUCAGAACUGAAAAUUGACAUACAAGAUUGACUUGAUCACAAUACGGCAUCAUGUCGUGGCCAUCAUCCCGCGCACCCAUUCCCUAUCUGGAUUUCAGAACCAACAGCUGCAUUGACCCGGCAGCACGCCUGUCCACGGCCCAUCCCUUCUCCAUCUUUCCCCGGAUCACCGGCCAGGGCACCGAAUAUGACUGUAUCCUGCCGAUCGGCCUGCUGUAUCACUGUCCGGAAGUGUCCACGGGAUCACAGUGUAUUCAGUCGUACAGUCGGGAUGGCGCGGCUAUGGUGGAUCCCAUGAGCGGCUUGCCGAAUCGGUCCAUCAGCGUGGAAGACUGGGUGGCUACGGCGGCCUACGUCGUGGAAGUGGUCAGUCCAACAUUGUUGGCGUUGGGGUUGGUGUCCAAUCUGCUGGUGCUCAGCAUCCUGUGCUGCCGGAAUUUGCGGUCGGGGGUGAAUUCGUUUCUGCUGUCCAGCACCCUGGGGCAAAUCCUGUAUAUCCUGGCGGUGUUCCUCUUGCGGAUGAUUGACUAUUCCGAGGAGUAUAAACGCCAUGAGUUCCAUGUGCAAGGGCGGUCGUAUAUUCAUCAUUUCAGCUAUUUCUUCUAUUUGAUUGUCCUGUGGCAGAUCUUGGCGGCCGGAAUCGAGCGCGUCGUGGUAGGGUUUACGCCGGAUUCGGGGAAACGACGUUGCUCGCCAUGGAGAGCGGAUUUGGUCAAUGUGUUCAUUUGGAUGGCGGCAUUCGGACUGGUGUUUCCGGUUCUGUGGUAUUCAAAGUUGCAGUAUGUGCUGGGCUAUGCGGCGCCUCAUACUACAGGAAGUGGCAGCGCCUCGGCCUUAGCCUGCUCCAUCCUAUACUGGUUCCAGUUAGUCUUCAGCAUCUUUAUCCCUUAUCCCAGCCUGCUCAUCCUGUUCUUCCUGCUAAUCUCUUCCUUACACAAACAAUCCAAAUCCGUGAAGAAGAUCACACUGGGCUCCAAUGGGGAAAUGUGGCGGCAGAAUAUGGACGAGGAGAUGCAGCUGACGCGGUUGGUGUUGGUGCAAGUGCUGCUCUUCUUCCUGUUGACGGGGGCCUACGCCAUCGGACAGCUGGUGCUGACGCUCAAUCUGGCCGCCGACCGGACAACCUGCAUGUGGAGUAUCCUCAUUGAUCUGUUCCAUCUGGGACCGCUGCUCUAUUCAUCGCUGCAGUUCAUCCUGUACGGCUGUAUUGUGGAGAAGUUUGCCGUGACCUUCCGGAAUGUCUGCUGUCGUUGCUGCGGCAAAUACGAUCAGUGAGCAGCACCAUUAAAUGCGCUCCGCAGGAUCUGGCUCAUCGUGGAACGACUGCGUCGUAUUGCAUGUGUUGUGUGAGGGUGGUGUUUUUUUGGUGAAUGGCAUUUGUUUUCUCCGUUUAUAAAUCGAGGCAUGUGCGUGGCCGGCGUGUCUGGAUCUGGACCAGAUGGUUUUACCCUUUAUAAUGGCAGUGUUUUGUACGGUUGCUGUGGUGGCGUUUCUUCCUCUCCUGAGUCUCCUUUAUCUCGCUCUUCCGGAAUCUGAUUUGUGCAUGAUAGUCUCCCAUUUUUUAUGGUUUACACGUUACAAGUGGUUUCCAGAUUUAGAGAUUUUGUCCUGUUUAAGCAUUUUAUGAGUAUUUUAUAGUGCACGAGAUGGUUUUGUCCAAAUUCUGUAUUCCCACCUUACCAGUUAUUAGUUUACAAUCUGAACUUUUGAUGUGUUGGUCUGGAAUAUCUGUACCAGUAAUAGUAAUUUCUGUGCUGUGUAUUUUCGGCUGUUUUUGAAAAUUUAAAAUAAAAUUGCACGCUGUUG